GGUAGACAGGCACGAGGGGAAUGUGAAGCACAAAUCGAACAUGGCGRCUGCAUCUCCGUCGGGAUCGCUCGAGAUUUACACUAAAGAUGGUUGGCAGCGGGUUGUAGCAACACUAGACGAUGAUCUACUAACUCUUAACGUAGAAAGCGCACCUACCACGAACGGGGAGGCACAAACCCCACCAUCGCCUCGAACGGUGGAGCCAAAUGACCGAACAGAACCUCCAGAAUCGAUUGCUAACGAAAUCCGCACAGUUCGUGUCAUCAAGCAAGAAGUUGGCGGGCUUGGAAUAAGUAUUAAAGGAGGCAAGGAAAACAGAAUGCCUAUAUUGAUAUCGAAGAUAUUCAAAGGCCUAGCAGCAGAUCAGACUGAAGGGUUGUACAUAGGCGAUGCUAUUUUGGCGGUAAAUGGGGAAGACCUGAGGAAUGCGACGCACGACGAGGCAGUACGUGCUUUGAAGCGAGCUGGCAAAGAAGUUGAUUUGACAGUCAAAUACGUGAAAGAAGUCACUCCAUACUUCCACCGAAAUGCCGAAAUUGCUUCUGAACAGAGCUCGGACGGCCACACGAACAGUUUAGGGAAGACAUCUUGGAGUGAAGUGAAGAAUAUCCCUUUGAAAUUAUGCUACGUUACAAAAUUCGUCGCGAAUAAGAUUGAAAACCCUGGCAGAACGAUGGAAUUAUUUGCCCCUGRUGGACGAUCCGCUUGUUUAUUGAAAGCCAAGGACAAUGGUUCUUUCCUAGAAUGGUUUAACGCUCUUCAUACGAAUAUCUCACGGUUACUGGCUCCAGCAACGGAAGAGGUCAACGAAAUGCUCAGUAGUAGUGUUGGUUAUCGAGAGAUAAAAUCAAUGGGCUGGUUGAGUGAGCAAGUUCACCUUGGUGGCGAUAGUAGUCGCAUGGACUGGAAGCCUGUAUUUAUGGCCCUAACAGAAAAAGAUAUGUUACUUUACGAAGCAGCACCUUGGUCAAAAGAAGACUGGAGUGCACCCUUUCUUAGUCAUCCUCUUCUUGCUACAAGACUUGUACACUCUGGGCAUGGGAAUAACCAUAUACAGCACCAAGACCUUUGUUUUGGCACAAGAACAGGAUCAAGAAAAGGAGUAGAAGCACACCUAUUCAGAGUAGAAACUUCAAGAGAAUUAGCACAUUGGUCGCGCAGCAUUGUACAAGGUGCACAUGAUGCUGCCAUACUUAUCAAAGAAAUCAACUGUGCUGUAACGUGGCAAGGACAAGAAGCACGAUUAACAGUCCACUAUGAAAAUGGUCUAACCCUUACAGAUGCUCGCUCAGGUAGUGAUAAUGCUACAAGAUCACAGACCUUCUGGUAUUUCCCCUUUGAAAGGCUCAAGAUGUCUGCCGAUGAUGGCCAUCAUUUACUUUGGUUAGACUUUGGAGGGGAAGAUGGUGAACAGGAACUAGACCUCCAUGGCUGCCCAAAGCCAGUCGUUUUUGUACUCCACACAUUCCUAUCUGCAAAAACAACACGCCUUGGACUUUUUGCUUAAUCAAAGAUAGAAAAAAUUACAAUAAAUAACUUUACAUCAAGGCUGCCAAAAUAGCCUGAACUUAUAAAUGAUUGUGGCUGACAGUGUUGAAGAGUGAGACCAAAAAUGUUUCAUAUACAUGUAGAAAGCUAGUAAUGUUUUUAUCAUCCAUUUACAUUUAUCAAAAUUACUGCUAGAACUAGUGAAAAUUAGAAUUGUAUAAAUGUGUGCAAAGAGAUAGCUCAUAUCAUACAGGUGGGAAUUUUUAAUAGUGUUACCACUAAGUUGUGCCGCAUUCAAGAGUUUUGAUUGACUGGUCCAGAAUGCCAUUUGUUGUUUGGCAGAGACCACAAACUGUUUGAGGUUAAUUGAUCAUAUACCUUUCUCUUUAGCUUUCAAAUGUUUUCUUAUGUCAGACCAUGUGUCGUAGACCUUUCUCUCACAGCAGCCAAAGAUGGGUGGAAAAUAUCUUGACCCCUAGCUUUGCAUUGAAGCACUUCCAGACGAGUUUGAAUGGGUAGAAACAAGGAAUUUUAAUAAUUAUUAUGGAAAUAUACAAGGSCGCUGCAUGAUAAAGGUCUGUUCCUUAGGAAAGAAGGCUGUGCAAUUGGCUUACAUUGACAUUAAUGUAAACAAAGAAAUAAUUCACAAGGAAAUGACAUGGCCUGCGACACGACAAAGCUGAAGUAUUAUUUGAUUUUGGAGGAGAGGUAUAAAUAAAAUACCUCGCAGUUCCCUGUGGAAAGUAGCGUUUACUCUUGUACUUCCUAUAAAGCUGUUGAUACACACUGAAAUUUUUCUCAAGCUGAAAAUGUUUUUAGAAUUUGCAACUACUGUGAAAUUAAAUUGCAAUGUCUAUCAUGUCUAAAGAUAUAUACACAGACUGUGUUAAUGCAAGUUGUGAAAUUUAUAAAUUCUUCCAAAAAAUUUUACGUUACAAAAUUUUAGUUCAAGAUAGUUUUACUCCUGUUAAGAAAUCAUUAAAUCGAUCACUUUAUACUACACAGAUAGAGCAACUAAUGUCCUAGCAUGAUUAUGAUUUCAUGAUAACAUGAAGGGAAACUUCAGCUUGAGAAAACUAAAAUUUUGAUACCACAAUUUAGAAUUUGCAGAAUUUAUUGACAGCUUUAUCUUAUCAAAUUAAUAUCAAUAUUUUAAAGAGACAUAUUUUUAACUUCCCACCUUAGUAAUCUGCUAAAAGAAUUUAAUAGGUUUGUGAAACUUGUUGUUAUGGAUUUUGAAUUCUCAGUUCUCUUAUCUCAGGGCUUUCAGAACAAGUCAACAGCUCUGGAAACUGCUCCAAUGUUAACAGAGCCCCCCUCCCCCUGGACUUAGAUGAACCAACUUAGAUCAAAGUUAAAAACAUAUUUCAAUAACAAAAACAAAUUGACAAAAACAAUUCAGAUAUUAUUUGUAUCAAGAAACUUGUAUUAGAGUACAAACACUAAGUUAGUGUGUAACAUAUAUACCACUAAAUACUGCUAAAUUAUGCUAAUCCUAUUGUUUUCUAUUGUUUAAUUAGCAUUAUUUACUACUAAAUAGUGCAAAGUGUUGCACACUUUUAGUGUUUGUACUCUAAUAGAGAAAAGAGAAUUCAAUUAGUUAAAUAACUUCAUGUUUCACAUUUUUUUAAAUUAUUUUAGCAUUACGGAUAGAUGAAAAGGUUUAUGUUAUCUAGUUAAUCCAGAAUUUACAUCUAUUUUAUUAAAGAUAGGGACAUUUUUUCAGUUAUUUAGUGUCAUUUAUACUUAAAGAUCCAUUUAAUUGAGUUUUGUGUCCAAGUGUAAUUAUUGUGAAGACACAGAAAAAAAUAAAGACAGUUAUAUUUUACUUAUUUUUUAGGCCUGGAAAAGAUUUGUUUAAAACCUUCAAAUCCUGUAUAUAACAUGUGACUCAUUUUUGGCCRUUCAACAAUAGAUACCAUUGACAACUACAUCUAAAUUGACAUUAGUUUUUUGUUGGUCCUCUUAUCAAUGCAUCAUCACAUCAAAGUAGUAAUGCAGAUCCACUCGGCUAUGCCUCUUGGAUCCACACUACUUUGACAAUAUGAUGACGCAAUUUAUUGUCAACAAAAGGACACACACAUAAAAAACUGAUGUCAAUUUUUGAUUUUGUAUCUGGUAUUUCAAGGUUUCUGAUUGGACAAAUAGUGAGUUGCUACCUUCUGAUAGAUAAUGCCAUAUUAUUACUAUAAUGAUAAUGACAGCCUGGUUUUUGUCUUUUGACUUGUGAGAAUGGUUGCAAAUUGUCCGUUCCCAGCGACUUGUUGAGAUAAAUAAGAAAACAUAAUGACCAAGGUCUAUUGUGAACUGUAAAAAUCAUAGAAAYGGAGUGUUACAUCAAGACUAUAUAUAUUUGUAUGAAAAUUAUCAAUUGUAUUUUAAUUAGAAUGUUUUUUAGAAAAGUUGUAUUUUAGGAUUUUUGUGUCUUUUUGUGCACCUAUCCCACAGGGUCAAAUGAUUAAAAACAAAUUAUUGCAGUGUGGAAUAGACCCAUUGCAUGUGACGUCAAAGCAGCUCAAUAGACCCCUUGCCUAAAUGGUGGCCGCAAAUUCAGUUGAGUUAAAAUUAAACAGAGARAAACCAA